UACUGUUGAGUACUCCUAAAGGCACUGACAAUGGCCCCUGCAAGCGCUUUCACGCCGAAGGCGUCACUAACCGACGCUCCCACCAACCUGAAGGAGGCCAUUGACUGGGUCCUGAGGGUUACUGGUAGGGAUGGUAAAGAACUGAACAAGGAUGAAUGUAUAUGUGGCCUGGCGGCGGCAGUGACUGACCUACUGCAGUCAGUAGAACUGGAGUACCAUGGUAAGUACCCAGUAGUGGAUACCUCAUGGGUCCCUAUAGGCUAUCAAGGAGAAAGUGAUGGCGCUGACAACAGCAAGGGCCCCCCAAAAAAGAGAGUCACAGAGUGCCUCAAUGAGCUAUUCUCUCUGGUACAGGGACUAGGUGGUACCGCAGUGGUCCGGACCUAUAUAGACCAGCUGGCACAGGUACUCAGUGCACUGGUUGGGUGGAGUAGGAUAGAGAAGUGUUGGGACUGCAAAGGUAGUAACAAUAACAAUCAACACGGCAUAAAAACGGAUUGCGGGUAUCUCAAGGAUGCAACACCAAACACUCCAUGCAAAGAGUGUGAAUGUAUGAAAUGGGAAGUGAAGAAUCCGGAAAGCGAAGGAACACCACUGGGAAGGAAGUGUACAAGGUGUAGUGAUAGUGAUAGUGGUGGUGUACAGCAUAGGUGUCAGUGUAGUGGUGAUUGCAAGGGAGGUCUUAGUACAGAGUGUAAAUGCGCUAAAGCAGGCAAAUGCUGCAAGUGUUGUUGUAAGGAUAAGUGUGGGAAGUGUAGUGAUAAGUGUAGCUGUAUGGAAACGCACAAGAAUACCCUUGGAAUUUUUGAACACAAAGACAGCUAUAGAUCUUCAUACCAAGUAGAGCUAGUAUAUCACGGAAUUGUUGGUAAUGAAUACCUAGUAUGGCCAACUUGGUCUGAUAGAAAAACUAGUAAAAAGCGAGCAAUUGGUGCUCAGAUAUUACUAGGUUCAGUAUGUCUCAUCUGGAGUGGCCUUACUUAUAUGUAUUGGACUGGAAAGUACCAUUCCAGCAGUCCUCGGUGGAACAACCACAUCCUGGAUGGCAGAGGUCUAGAUGAUGGUACCCUGUCCCAAUGGCUUCAGGCCCUAGGAUUUCCUAGGGAAAUGCUUAAUAAUAGUGGUCCCGGAAAUAGGUUGGAUGCUAUUAUAUGGGAUGGGUUUAGGGGUAUGUUAUAUUUGGGAUUUCCGGAUACUGGUAAUGGUAGUCCUGUCCAUGGCGGGGACUAUAAUGAUAAUACAUUCAGACAACCAGCUGGUAUGAACUAUGCUGGAUAUAUACAUACCGUAGACAGGGGUGCAUUUUGCAGCAACGCUACUAUCUUCCAUAAGAAUGGCAAUGACGCUAGCAUAACUGACGAACAGAUGCACAAAUGUGGUGCCUUGUACAAGCUCUACAUUCUAUCAUGUGCCUACUUUACCGGGUUACAGAAAAAGAAUCCGCCGAAAGCAAAAAAUAAAACUCCCAAGACCAUCCGUGAAAUCCUAUACUGGCUAAGUGCAUUGCCCUAUAGUCUGGCAUACCCAGAGAUACUUAAGCAUGCCAAGGGAAGACUAAAAGAGGUACUCAAGAAGCCCGGAGACACUGCCUCUAGUGCUACCUCUGGCAACGAACAAAAAGAAUUAAAGUUCUACCAAGAAAAACGUUCAGCUCCCAUUACAGUUCAUGAAUACAACCUGUUUGCCCACUUCCAAGCAGUGACCCAGUACUGCCCCCCGGUGCUCAUAGGUAUCCAGGGUGGAAUACAUUGUACUAAAGGCACUGAAGAACCUGCCAUUCACUCCCUGUAUGCCAACACUGAAUGCCACUUCACCUAUCCCACUGUGUCCAUCCAAGCAUACAACCAAGUGGUACACUACAUUAGGGCUCUGUUCUACCAGUUGUACUUCCUUAGGAAGCAGUGUGCAGUUAAAGUGGCCCUAGGAGGUAAAUGGCGUGAGUGUAGGUAUGGUAAUGGGGUAGUCUCUAAGGGGGUAAUUAGCUGGAUGUGCCUGGGGUGUGACCCCAUGGAACAUGAUAGGAAAAAGAGGGUGGGGGAGAUGGGGAACAAACUCAACAAACUACCAUUAGGAUCGAAUGGCAGUGAUGCAAAGAAGAUCAAGGAUGUACUGGAGGCUAUAGGUCAGGUAGUGGUACAAUUGGGUAAUGCCCAGGAGGCAUUGGAAGGGAAGGAAAAGGAGGCUAUAGAGGGGGUGAAGGUGGCACUAGGGACGGCUAAGACGGAACUAGAUAAGGCGGUGAAGAAUGGGCUGAAUGGGAAGGAACUAGAGGAGGCUAAGAAGAAACUAGAGGAGCUGACGACGAAGGGUGGUGGUAAUAAUGGAAUACUAGGGGAGGUAGUGGAUAAACUGGGGGAAGCUACAAAUGGUAAUAAUGAUUUCGAUCAGGGUAAGAACAAGAUAAGUGCUGCUAUCGAUAAGGUAAGAGAAAUAUUGGGGGAAAUACAGAAAGAACUGGGAGUUAGUGAUUCAACACAUCUAAAAGGCACAUUAUCGGAAUGGGUCGCAAACACACUUCAUAAAACCAUAGAUCAGAUCAAAGACAUAUGCAACUCACCCAAGUGCCCAUCCUGUAAAUCACACUCCAACAAGUGUGGCCGACAGCCACAGUCCAAGUACUGUGACAAGUGCCACCAACAAUACAUGGACGGGUUCCCCUCUCCACUCCAGGCAUUCCUGGAAGACAGGUUGCCAGGGUUUAGUUGUCAAGAGAUCCUGUACACUGAGGACGCCGACAAGUACCCACCCGCUGCAUCCCACCUAGGACACUGCAAUGGCUCAGGUCAGUGCUGUCCAUUGCCAAUGGGUUUUAGAGGGCAAUUCCACAAGGGCAGCACCAGUGACAUGACUGGCCAACGCCUUUAUGGCAUCCUCUACUUCUUCAGCAACGAGAACAUGAUGCAGUCUUGCGUUUAUACACUAGUGAGAGUUACAGCAGCACUCAGUGCCACUACACCACAGGUAUUGGGUGACGUCUUUGGGUUCUUUAGGGGAGGGGUGGGAAACAAGGACAAGGGAAAGCCACCAAAGGGAGAAUUGGAGACGAAUUGUGAUCACACAGGAGAUCCAAGUGGAUCUUAUGAGGCGAACAAGGAGAAGUAUUUCUGCGGGUGGUGUGCCUCUGGGUUACGUGAUGAAGUACAAAAAAUUGAGUGGAUAUACAAUGGAGAUAGCAGUGUUAAAGGAGGACAGUACAUGAAGACUGUCGGUAAAGCGCUAAGAGACAUUAAGGGCGAGAAGGACGCUAGUACUGCUCCACAGCCAGCGUCACAGUCCACUACCAAUGCCCUCUCUGCACUGACCAAGGACUCAGAAUACCUCUCCCCCCUAACCGGUGAGCUGUACACCGCAGUGAGUGCCACCUUCGGCGGAACAUACCUCUCAUGGGUACUGUACCUAUCAGAUGCACUUCAUUCAGGACUAGAGUCACUGUCUGAGGCAUUCCGUAAUAUUGAAUGCCGAGGCUGUAAGGGACAGUGUGACCCCAAUAAGUGCAAGAAGGGAGUACAUGGACAGGGUAGUGGACAGUGUGGAUGCCAAUCAAUCGUAUCAUGUACCGGGGUACUGCCAGUACUGUACAGACAUGGCUUUAGCUACGGUAACCCAUUCAAUCUGGAGGGGUAUUAUCAGAAUGAUGGAAGCAGAGAGGGGGAUUAUAGCAUAGAGAACACGAAGACUACUAAGCGGUGUCAUGACUUCUUAAGCAGUCUCAACCAAGUGAUCAAUAAGAAGGAGGACCAGGCCACCUCUAAGGACCAGGAACAACACCCCCUGAGCAACCUCCUCUCCCAAGUCGGCAAACUCCAAUACGACAUACGGCUCCCGUGGAUCUUUGUGCUGACCAUAGCCUGGCUAGUGGCGGUACUCUACCUAGCCUUUGGUGCCAUAUGGCCACUGGACUGGACACAUAUGAGGUCUCAUUGGUUACGGGGUGGAGAACACCAGUGGCAAUGUAUGUGGUAUAAGGUGAUGACGGGACGCAAAGGAAUGGAACUGGUGGAGUAUCUUCGAAAAAGAGUUUAGAGACAGUGCUAUAAUGUGGUAGUUAGUAUC